AUGAAUGGAACUGCUUGGUGUGAGUGCUUACAGACUGCAGGGUUGGCUGCUGUCUCCGGGGGCUCCCCUGUGUUGCCUGGCAGCCUCCUGUGCUCAGCGGUGGUGUCAGCGCGGGUCUUGGGCCCCCCUGAAGACCCCCCUGUCCUGUCCUCUCGUAAGUACCAGCACACAGACGCCUCCUCGGGAGCCCAGCUGGCCUGUGACAAGUGCCCAGCCGGGACCUAUGUGUCAGCCCACUGCUCCACCAACACUGAGCGCGAGUGCGCCCCCUGCCCACAGGAAACCUACACCCGUGGGGAGAAUGGGGUACAACAGUGCCACCGCUGCAGAGAGCCCUGUCCACACAGCCUAGUGGAGAAGAUGCCCUGUACAGCCACCCAGGACCGCGUCUGCACCUGUCCCGCUGGGGCUUUCAUGUCACAGGGCAGGUGCACACCCCACUCCCUCUGCCCCCCUGGGACCAGAGUGAAGAAGAGGGGCACUGACACAGAGGACGUGCUGUGUAAAGCCUGCAGCAAAGGCACUUUCUCUGAUGUGGAGUCCAGCUCAGCAAAAUGCAGGACUCACCAGGACUGUCCAUCUCAGGGGCUCGUGCUGCUCGUACCUGGGACCAGAGAGACUGAUAAUGUCUGUGGACUGCCCUCUGCACAUACUUCCACUGGGGCAUCCUCCACAACCACACGUGCACCCCACACACAUCCCACACCCCCACCCAACAAAACCACAGCCUCUGCCCCUGGACCAGAGCAGGACUCCCCCAGCUCCUCUUCUCUUCCUUCAGAACCGUCUGGUCAUAUCCAAGCCUAUAGGACCACCUCCUCUCACAAAUCUAUAGCAGAACAUGGAAACAGAGGUUUCCACCAUCAUUCAGCCAACAUCCAACUGAGGAGAACCAUGAACGCACAACUCCAAAACGCACAACUUUUGGACCACACUUCUACUUCCAGUGUCCCAAACCAGGACCCCACCCAGGCUCCUCUAUCCCCCCAUCUAGAGCACCAACUGGGCCAAAAGAACUCUGAGUCUCUCCCUGGUCCCAACAGAAAGAGCAUGGAAGUUCUGGAGAGCAUAGACACUGUAAAAAUCGGAGGAAAUAUCAACAAGGUGCCUGGGGGGGUCUCUGGCUCGUACCGUCCCACUCGCAGAGGGUCCCCGAGGCCUAGCAGCACUGAGCACUUUGACAUUAAUGAACACCUGCCUUGGAUGAUUGUUCUGCUGCUGUUGUUGGUGCUGGUGGUGAUUGUAGGGUGCAGUGUAAAGAGGAGCUCACGAGUGCUAAAGAAGGGCCCCAUGCAAGACCCCAGCAGCAUCAUGGAGAAAGCCAUCCACAAGAAAACCCACGGUCCCCCCACUAAGACCAGGGAGAAGUGGAUCUACUACUCUAAUGGACAAGGCGUGGACAUCCUGAAGCUGGUGUCCGCUCACGUGGGCUCUCAGUGGAUUGACCUGUACCAGCUGUUGGCAAAUGCAACUGAGCGCGAGGUGGCCGCCUUCUCCAACGGGUACGGCUCUGACCCCGAGCGAGCCUACGCAGCCCUACAGCACUGGACCAUACGGGACAGCGACGCUAACCUGGCUAAGUUAAUCAACGCUCUCCACAGACACAGACGCAUAGAUGUGGUGGAGAAAGUCCGCUGUGUCAUGGAGGAUAACCCACAGUUUGAUCUGAACCAGCUGAUGCCUGCGGUGAACGGCAGCCAGAGCCUCAGCCCCAUCCACAGACCUCUGGAGUCCCCUGGCUUUAACAGCGUAGGGGGCAGCAGCAGCAGUGUGGGCGGUGGCGUGGGCACGGAGCCUUCACCAAUUGAUCGGGCUAAGGGCUUCUUUCCCGAUGAAUCAGAGCCGCUGCUGCGCUGUGACUCCACCUCUAGCAAAGACUCCGCCCUCAGCAGAAACGGAUCCUUCAUUACCAAAGAGAAAAAGGACACAGUGCUGCGUCAGGUGCGCCUGGACCCCUGUGACCUUCAGCCCAUCUUUGACGACAUGCUGCACAUCCUGAACCCAGAGGAGCUGCACACUCUGGAGCAGAUCCCCACCGCCGAGGACAAACUCGACCGCCUCUUCGAAAUCGCAGGAGUCAAGAGCCAGGAGGCCAGUCAGACCCUGCUGGACUCGGUCUACAGCCACCUGCCUGACCUGCUCUAGACCGGAGACAGAACUGAUCCAUCCAGACAUGUUCUAGACCUGAUUCAGACUUGCCAUAGACCAGAUCAAGGCAAACAGAACAUCUAGAACAAAUCUACACAUAUUCUAGACUUUAUUCAUUCAGAAUUGUUUAGAGGUGUUAGACCUGUUCUAGAUCUGAUUUAGACUUGUUUUAGGGUGGAUCAAGGCCUGUCUUCGAUUGGAUCCAGACCUAUUCUAAACCUGAUUUUGGCCUAUUAAGACCUGUUCUAGACCUGUUUCAGACUUAUUCUAGACCUGAUCCAGAUGUAUUCUAGAUCUGAUCCAGACUUGUUCUAGACCUCAGUCAGGCAUAUUUUGGACCUGAUCUAGACCUGUAGAUCAGAGUCAGACCUGAUCUAGACCUGGAGAAGACCUCUUCUAGACCUGAUUCAGACCUGUUGUAGACCUGUUCCACACCUAGUUCAGACCUGAUUCUGACCUGUCCUAGAUCUGAUUUAGAUCUGUUCUAGACUGGGUCCACAUUUGUUCUAAACUUGAUUUUGGCCUAUUGAUCUGUUCUAGACCUGUCUCAAACCUAUCCUAGACCUGAUCAAGACCAAAAUACAGAGGAGUGACACAGCAAUCACAGUGUUUAAAUGGACUCUUUUUUUUUCAUAUACCAUUUCACAAACAAAAUUAUGUAUUAACAAGAAAAAAUAAGAUUCUUAUAAAAGCAUUCACAAACAAGGAAUGUGCUCUGGCAGUUUGGUGCAAAUGUAAUGAUUGGCAUGCUUUGUUAAAAACAUUUUUAAAGUAAGGGUAAAAAUAAAAUAAUGCACAGAAAUAAUGCUUGUACCAGCAGGAAGUUUAAGUGAAUCUAUCGUUUGAGUGAGUUAUGUAAACUACGUUUGCCCAGUUAUGGUAUGAAAUUUCAAAGGAACAUAUUCAUUGUUUAGUAAAUGCUAAAUGGUAUGUCCUGGAAAAUGAUUGACAUUUUGGCUUGAGUCCAGAUAAACAUCAUGUGAUUGACAAAACAGACUGUGACUAAGACUCAACCCAAACCCUUUGUAUCAUCAGUGACAAUGCUUCUUUUUCUACAGGGUCCAAUCCAGACAUCCUGCUUCAUUUAAGGUGGUAUUGUUUGUGACCUUAAAUGAGGACACAAUUCCUAUUUUGAACCCUUUAAAGGUGCACUAUGUAACUUUUUGGUUGGGGGUCCGUCACCUGCUUAUUCCCAUGGAUAUGUCAUUAGUAUGACACUAAACGGCUCUAUCACAUUAUGUUUAUUCAAUUGCAAGUGAUUUUAGAGCUCAAAAAUACCUGGAAAAAUAGGCAUACUGACUGUAAGUUUGGUUGCCUCUCCACAAAUUUGACCUGUAACUUGGUCUACAAAAGCACUUUUUAAAAUCUCCACAUGGGGGCGACGUGUUCGACAUUGAUACUGUUAAAAGUUAGUGCCAUGCAGGGUUAAAAGUUCAAUUACUCCAUUUCACUAUAAGCUAUACUUUGGACAGCACUGGUUGGUAGUUAUUAGUGGAUGAUAACAAGUACAGACAACUCACUUCAGUCUUUUUUUCAAAUUGAAUAUUAUGUUAUGUGCCUAAACUUGACAAAUAAUCUUUCACCAUUGUGUUUCUGUUGUUACUGCAUCAGACCAGCAGGUGGCGAUAUAGGCAAAGCAAUUUUUUUCACUGAUUAUGCUUCAGAUCCAAUGUAUGCAUUAAUAUGUGGUAGUUUUGUAAGAUAAGAUAAUCUAUUGGUUUGGUACAGCCAGCAUCAUGGGGUUGCAUUGGAUAGCAACAGAUAGGUCAAAAACAUAAUUGAAAGCAUAACAUAUUUGAUGCAAGCUUAAAUUCUUACAUUUUCAGGUGUAAUGCUUUUAUGUAGCCAUUGUGGGUGAAAUGGAGGCCAGCUAUUUGAGCACUGACAGCUAUGUGUAUCGGAGAUAAGACUGUGACAGGUGUUCAGACUAGUUUUCUUGUGUGUCACCUCAUCUGCAGCACAGUAUACUUAACGUCUGCACGACACCUUUCUGAAUUAUUUGGGUCAAGUUUUACUAUUUGUAAGAAGAUAUUAGCUUUUAUACAAUGUUAAAUACAAAGUUUGUUUUUUUUCAAAAAUAAUUAGGAAUUUUAAAUUAUAUUGAGUGUCAUCUCAACUGGCCAGACAACGUUGGAAAACACUGUCAGUAUUUUAACUUUCUUCUGUGGACUAACCAAGAAGUAAAUUUGGGACUAACCAAAACUGUCACUUAUUAUAUGAUGCAUUGCGUAACUUUUCUUAUGGAGAAUACGCCACCUGCUGUCUCCAUAAAAACAUCAUCCCCAUGGAAACAUUAUUGCUUUGCCGGGAAUGUUCGACAGUAUGGCAUUACAUAUAUACAUUUUCAAGACGGGUAGGAAGCACGAACAGGCCAAAUUACGGGUCAGAUAUGUGAAGAGGUGACCCAGCUCAAAGAAAGAAUGCAUGUUUUUUACGGUAUUUUUGAGCAAUAAAAACACUCAUAAGAAAACUCAUGCAAGACAGGUAAGUUUAAUGCCAUACUGUGAAACAUUUCAUUCAAAACAAGUUAAUUUAAGAAUCAGGCUUCUUAAUUACAAGUAAAUAUAAUCUGUCAGUUUAGCUUUGUGCUCUUUCAGUGCUGUCUGAUACAACCCCAUACUUUAAACUGGUUUAUGCCUUUUUGUCCGACUUACUACAGUAAUUUAUUACAAACAAAAUUGUCUUCACGCACAUUUGCUUUGAUUUUGUAGCAUUGACGAUGUUUUCUCUUACCAUUUCAGAACUCUUUGUCCUCUUUAAUCUACAGCAUUAUAUUUAAACAUGCACUGAUCAUUUUUUAAUAUUCAUUUUAUUGUAUGGAUUUUAAUCUAUGUAAUUUUGAUAAUUUCAACUGUAGCAUCUCAUUCUUAUUUUGUCUAUGGGCAUUUCAAGUAUUCAACCACUUGAAUACUCAGGUGGCACAUAUGCAUACUCCUGUUGGUAAUCCUUUUUCCGUUUUACUUGAUGGACAAUGGAGAAACAAUGAACUUUUUUUAAUUCAAAAACUGCACCACCAAAAACUGUCCCACUGAGGCUGGAAUCUACUUGGUGCUGUACAUGGACUACCACCGUUGGCCUAAUAAUAAUAAUAAUAAUAAUAAUAAUAAUAAUAUUAAUAGUAUUUAACCUUUACCAGACUGAAGUAAGGACUGAGGAUGUUGAUGAAAAUGCUGUGGAAAUCUAGUAUUUGUUGUCGUGGUUUGGGUUUUUGAGAUAAGAUAAGUUUUGAAAAGACUUGACAGA